AUGGCCGCCAACAAACACUUCAAUUUAUUAUUCUUUUGCAUAACCAUACUCUUAAUUUCGGAUUCUUUGUCGACAAAUAAAAUAAGAGUAUCUAUUUCUGAAGAUCCUGACUUCGUUCCAGACCGGAGCCAGUUGGGCAAAAGAACAGUUGUAACGGAAAUGAUCCAAAAACGAUCAUCGCGACGUUCAUGCAGAUCAAUAGACACAAUAUUGUCCUGCUCUAAUGACGAUCAGGAUACAAAGGCAUUUCCUGGUCUAUGUCAUUGCGAUUCAGAAUGUAUUCUAUAUGGAGAUUGCUGUAUGAAUUAUAAAAAUCCUUGUCCAGAGACUAAUGUAAGUCUUGUGACUACGACAAAUCGGUCUUGCAAAAAAGUUCAGAUGACAAAUUGGAUAAAGCAACGAUUGCCAGCUAGACAGAAUAAAACGUUGGUUAGUUUAUAUAACUAUCGUUGUCUAAAAGGCUCUUUGGUCGUUACAAAAUGCCCUUCGCAUUGGAGCGAUAGUUACUAUCGCAAUAAAUGUGAGAAUAUAUCAGAUACAUUCAACUUUUAUAGUCAUGUACCUGUUGUCCAUAAUACAACCAAUAUCGCCUAUAGAAACAUUUACUGUGCUCUUUGCCAUCGAGUUAAUGUAACAAAUUUACAAGAUAUCCGCUUUUGGAGCAUUGCUAUAAAAUGUAAUUUAUCGGAAAAUGCUAUUGAGUUUUGGAGUUUACAGAGUGAUGGUCUAUGGAAAUAUUGCUCAUUGAUAUCGUUGAUUAAUUAUAAUGAUACGACAUCGGCUCCGCGUAGAAAGUGUCGUCUAGAAAUGGGUAAUGAAAUGAUCUCUACAUGUUUAUCUGAUCCAAAAUCUCUGAAGAUGAAUCAAAGUUUUUUUCAAGCAAUUCGAGACGGCUGCCAAAGCUAUAUCGCACCAAUCGUUUCUGGCGGACAAUUAUACCACAAUCCGUUUUGUUUAAUGUGUAGUACAACAGCUAUCCAUCUUAAUGUUAGUUGUCUGAUUAGAUCACCGCUUCCACCUCAAAUGGGUACUCUUGCAUUCGGGGAAGGCUUCAUAACAGAUCUGGCAAAUCCCGUGUACUAUGACCUACAUUAUAAUCCACUCACGAGCACGAUUACUUAUCGAAAGUUUAGAGGCAAUAUGAAAGACAGUUUUACGCUUACAAUAUUGCUCUUUUGUGAAGUAGGAAUGUUGUAUAAUCCUUGGACAAACCAAUGCCAAAAUGUGUUCCCAAAACCUAUCGCUAUAUUAUUGCAUCAAGAGAAUAAGACUGAUCCAUACAAAAAUUCAACCAAUAAUAAUAGUAGUAAUUUUGAAAACACUAUGCAAAAUCGAACUUGUCAUCUUACCUAUGGAAAUGCAAAUACUACUGCUUAUUUCAACGCUACUCAUGUUGUUUUUCUACCUACCAAUAAGACUUUCUUAGCUGCAAGAUUACCAAAUCACAAUAACCAUUUUUCCUUUUAUAACUGUACUACCAAUAGCAGUAGUGCGUUAGUCAAUCAGACGUUAAGUACUGUUGUCUUAUCCUCAGCUUUAUAUUAUUCACCUGCUGUAAUGUCUAUCGUUGCAUUUAUGUUGCAAAUUUAUUUUCAUUUUCACAAGAGGUUAAUUUGCCGAUGGUGUAUAGCAUGUUGGUCACUUACAGUUAUGUUGUUAGAGAUUUCUAUCAUCAUUAAUCAAUCGAUACAGUCAACUCCAUCUGCAAUAUCCUCGAUCGAUUGCGAUAUACUAUUAGCCGUCCAUCACUUUCUUGAACUUUCCACAUGUCUUUGGACUGUUGCGAUAAGUAAGGAUGUCUAUUACCGCAGUCGCCAUGAUGAUUUUUUACAUCAUUCAUCCUUUCCUUGCAAUAUAUUUUGCUUCUCCCUUAUGGCUUGGCUAUUGCCUGGUGCAGCGGUUGGAUGUUUCAUAACUAUCAAUAAAUAUAGUUUAGGACUAACGUAUGGUAACCAUACUCAUUGCCAUCUCCAAGACGCUACCAUUCUGGUAUGGUAUUCUUGCGUACCCUAUUGCAUCCUUGCAAGUGUCUGCCUUUUAAUCUAUAUCGCGGCAUUGCUAUCAAGAGUGCAACAUCAUCGUCAAAGCAAUAAGAAUGAUCGUCGCCUCAAUGAUGAUUCUACGUGUGGGUACACGACCGAUCAAGAUCAAUUCAGUGAAUAUCAAAAAAUUUUAUUCUUGAUGCUUAUGUCCACGGUUGUUAACUCCAAUCUCAUUGUACGCAGUAUUGCAACUAUGGCCACAACUACCCUAUCGUAUAUGCAAUAUAUCAGCAUUAGUGUUCAUUUUCUUCAGGGAUUGAUUGUCGGUUGUGUUUCAUUUGUUGUAUGA